GGACAGGCUCUGCCCAAGAGCUGGGCUCUGCCGCCCCUUCACUGCUGCCCUGUCCUCUCGGCGCAGACGUGCCCCACGAUGUCCCUCGUCGCUGUGCCCUUCUACCAAAAGAGACACAGACACUUCGACCAGUCGUAUCGCAACACUCAGACCCGGUACCUUCUGAACGAAUAUGCGGCGAAAAAGCGCACAUCGACGCAGGCGUCCUCCCAGCGAUCCCUCACGCAGGCGGCGUCCUCCCAGCGAUCCCUGACGCAGGCGGCGUCCUCCCAGCGAGCGGCCGGCCAGGCCUCGCUGUCGGCGGGAGGCACCCUCUGCCGGCUCUGCGCCAAGCGGGUCAGCUCUGAGCAGGAGGAGCACGAGCUGGAGAACAGGGGCAGGUACCAGUCGCUGCUGGCUUCCUAUGCGGAGACCAAGCGGCAGCGCUUCCUCGGGGAGCUGGCCGACCUGGAGGAGAACGUGCACCUGGUGCGCAGCCAGGCCCGGGAGGUGCUGGACAAGUACGCCAUCCAGCAGAUGGUGGAGGACAAGCUGGCCUGGCGGAAGGAGCAGGACACCUUCGUGGAGCGGACGAGGAGGGCCCCCGAGAUCCUGGUGCGGCUGCGCUCCCACACGGUCUGGGAGAGGAUGCCUGUGAAGCUCUGCUUCACCGUGCAGGGCUACCCCACGCCGGUGGUGCAGUGGUACAAGGACGGAAACCUGAUCUGCCAGGCGGCGGAUCCUGGCAAGUACAGGAUCGAGAGCAAGUACGGUGUGCACACGCUAGAGAUCAACAGGGCCGACUUUGACGACUCCGCAACCUACUCCGCGGUGGCCACGAACGUCCACGGCCAGGUGUCCACCAAUGCGGCCGUGGUGGUGAGAAGGUUCCGAGGGGAGGAGGAGCCGCUGCACUCCGUGGGACUCCCGAUUGCACUGCCCUUAUCGUCCGUCGUCCCCUACACGCACUUCGACGUCCAGUUUUUGGAGAAAUUCGGGGUCACCUUCCGAAGAGAAGGCGAGACGGUCACGCUCAAGUGCACGCUGCUGGUGUCACCGGACCUGAAAAGGGUGCAGCCCCGGGCCGAGUGGUACCGGGACGACGUGCUGGUGAAGGAGUCCAAGUGGGCGAAGAUGUUCUUCGGGGAGGGCCAGGCCUCCCUGUCCUUCAGCCACCUGAACAAGGACGACGAGGGGCUCUACACGCUGCGGAUCGUGUCCAGAGGGGGCGUCAGCGAGCACAGCGCCUUCCUGUUCGUCAGAGACGCGGACCCGCUGGUCACGGGGGCCCCUGGUGCGCCCAUGGACGUGCAGUGCCAGGACGCCAACCGCGAUUACGUCAUCGUCACUUGGAAGCCGCCCAACACGACCAUGGAGAGCCCCGUCAUCGGCUAUUUCAUCGACCGGUGCGAAGUGGGAACCAGCAACUGGGUGCAGUGCAACGACUCUCCUGUGAAAAUCUGCAAGUACCCGGUGACCGGGCUGUUCGAGGGCCGGUCCUACGUGUUCCGCGUGCGCGCCGUCAACAACGCGGGCGUCAGCCGGCCGUCCCGCACCUCGGAGGCCGUGGCCGCGCUCGACCCGCUGGACCUCAGGAGGCUGCAAGCGGUCCACCUGGAGGGAGAGAAGGAGAUCGUGAUCUACGAGGAGGACCUCGAAGGCCCAGGCGAGACGCAGAUCCCGGGGCCGCCCACCAACGUGCAUGUCUCCGAGCUGAGCAGGACCUACGCCGUCCUCAGCUGGGACCCCCCUGUCCCGCGCGGGAAGGAUCCGCUGUCCUACUUCAUCGAGAAGUCCGUGGUCGGCAGUGGCAGCUGGCAGCGGGUCAACACCCAGCUGGCCGUGCGGUCCCCGCGCUACGCUGUCUUCGACUUGGCCGAGGGGAAGUCGUACGUGUUCCGAGUUCUGUCUGCCAAUAAGCACGGCCUGAGUGACCCGUCGGAGAUCACCUCCCCUGUUCAGGCUCAGGACUCCAUCGUCGCGCCGUCGGCGCCGGGCCGCGUGCUCGCGUCGCGGAACACGAAGACGUCGGUGGUGGUGGAAUGGGACAGGCCGAAGCAGGAGGAGGACCUGCUCGGCUACUACGUGGAGUGCUGCGCGGCCGGCUCCAACCUCUGGGAGCCUUGCAACCACAAGCCCAUCGGCUACAACAGGUUCGUCGUGCACGGCCUGACCACGGGCGAGCAGUACAUCUUCCGGGUGAAGGCCGUGAACGCCGUGGGGACCAGCGAGAACUCGCAGGAGUCCGACCCCAUCAAGGUCCAGGCCCCGCUCACCGUCCCGUCUUACCCGUACGGGAUCACCCUCCUGCGCUGUGAUGGCCAGUCCAUGACCCUGGGCUGGAAGGCACCGCGCUUCAGCGGGGGCUCGCCCGUCCUCGGCUACUUCGUGGACCAGCGCGAGGCCCAGCACAGGAACUGGCACGAGGUCAACGCUGCGCCGGUCGGAGAGCGGAUCCUGACGGUGGACGGCCUGACUGAAGGCUCAGCGUAUGAGUUCAAAAUCGCCGCCACCAACCUGGUGGGCGUGGGGCAGCCCUCGGACCCCAGCGAGCUCUUCAAGUGCGAGGCCUGGACGAUGCCGGAACCGGGUCCCGCCUACGACCUGACCUUCUGCGAGGUCAGGGACACGUCGCUGGUCCUGCUCUGGAAGGCCCCGGUGUACUCGGGCAGCGGCCCUGUGUCCGGCUACUUCGUGGACUGGAAGGAGGAGGGUUCGGAGGAGUGGACCACGGCCAACGAGGCGGCGACUGCGAGUCGCUACCUGAAGGUCUGCGACCUGCACCAAGGCCACAGCUACGUCUUCCGUGUGCGGGCCGUCAACGCCAGCGGCGUGGGGGCGCCGUCGGACGCGUCCGAGCCGGUGCUGCUGGAGACCCGGCCCGGCACGAAGGAGGUCAGCGCGGGCGUGGACGAGGAGGGCAACAUCUACCUGAGCUUCGACUGCCCAGACAUGACAGACGCCUCCCAGUUCACCUGGUGCAAGUCCUACGAGGAGAUCGGGGCCGACCCGCGGUUCGCGGUCGAGACCGUCGGGGACCACUCCAAGCUGUACUUCAAGAAUCCGGAUAAAGGGGACCUGGGGACGUACUCGGUGUCCGUCAGCGACACGGACGGCGUGUCCUCCAGCUUUGUCCUGGACGAGGAAGAGUUUGAACGUCUGAUGGCCCUGAGCAACGAGAUCAAAAAUCCCACUAUCCCUCUGAAGUCGGAGCUGGCUUACGAGGUGUUCGAUCACGGCCAGGUUCGCUUCUGGCUGCAGGCGGAGCACCUGUCGCCGGACGCCAGCUACCGGUUCGUCAUCAACGACAAGGAGGUCUCUGACAGCGAGGCGCACAGGAUGAAGUGCGACAAGGCCACCGGCAUCAUCGAGAUGGUCAUGCAGCAGUUCACCGUCAACGACGAAGGCACCUACACGGUGCAGAUCCAGGACGGCAAAGCCAAGAGCCAGUCCUCGCUGGUGCUCAUCGGGGACGCUUUCAAGGCCGUCCUAGAAGAGGCGGAGUUUCAGAGAAAGGAGUUUCUCAGGAAGCAAGGCCCCCACUUUGCCGAGUAUCUGCACUGGGACGUCACGGAGGAAUGCGAAGUGCGCCUGGUGUGCAAGGUCGCAAACACCAAGAGAGAGACAGUUUUCAAAUGGUUCAAGGACGACGCCCUGUAUGAGACUGAGAAUGUGCCCGACCUGGAGAGGGGCACCUGCGAGCUGCUCAUCCCCAAGUUGUCCAAGAAGGACCACGGCGAAUACAAGGCCACCUUGAAAGACGACAGAGGCCAGGACGUGUCUGUCCUCGAGAUAGCCGGCAAAGUGUACGAGGACAUGAUCUUGGCAAUGAGCAGAGUCUGCGGCGCGUCCGCCUCGCCGCUGAAGGUGCUCUGCACGCCCGAAGGCAUCAGGCUGCAGUGUUUCCUGAAGUAUUUCACCGAGGAGAUGCGCGUGAGCUGGUAUCACAAAGACGCUAAGAUUUCGUCCAGCGAGCACAUGAGGAUCGGAGGGAGCGAGGAGAUGGCCUGGCUGCAGAUCUGCGAGCCCACGGAGAAGGACAAGGGCAAGUACACCUUCGAGAUUUUCGACGGCAAAGACAACCACCAGCGCUCCCUGGACCUGUCCGGCCAAGCGUUCGACGACGCCUUCACGGAGUUCCAGCAACUCAAGGCGGCCGCGUUUGCGGAGAAGAAUCGCGGGAAGGUGAUCGGCGGUUUGCCUGACGUGGUGACCAUAAUGGAAGGCAAGACCUUGAACCUGACCUGCACGGUGUUUGGCAACCCCGACCCUGAGGUCGUGUGGUUCAAGAACGACAAGGACAUCGAGCUGAACGAGCACUUCUCCGUGAAGGUGGAGCAGGCCAAGUACGUCAGCAUGUCCAUCAAGGGCGUGACCGCAGAGGACUCGGGCAAGUACAGCAUCAACGUCAAGAACAAGUACGGGGGCGAGAAGAUCGACGUCACGGUCAGCGUGUACAAGCACGGCGAGAAGAUCCCGGACCUGGAGCCGGCCCAGCAGGCGGCGCCCAAGCGCAUCCCCCCGGCCGCCGGCUCCGCUGCCUCUGCCCCCGCGGCGCCCUGAGCGCGGCGCCCGCCAGGCGUGGCCGCGGGGGUCCCUGCGCCGCCUGUGGCUUGGGCGUCGGGUCAGUGCGCGCGUGGGUCUGUGAGCGGAAAGGCAGGGGCCCCGCGCAGCGCCCUGUCCUCGGCAGGGUCCUGGUGGGGCCUCCCUGGCCCAUGUAACCCGGUCGCUCUGUGUCCUCGUGCUUCCGAACAAUAAACCUGUAAGGGCAACUUGC